GUGGACCAUGAGUUUGCGCUGCUCUUCAUGGUGUUCGACGAGAACGAGUCAUGGUACCUGCAGGACAACAUCAAGAGCUACGCCAACACACACCCGGACACCAAUGAUGAAAACUUCAUGGAGAGCAACAAGAUGCACAGCAUUAAUGGACGACUGUACGGUACGCUGUUGGGUUUGGACAUGCAGGAGGGCGAUAAGACAGACUGGUACCUCCUCGGUCUGGGCAACGAAGUGGACAUGCACACUGUACACUUCCACGCUCACACUUUCACCUACAAGGAAGCGCACACACACCGCGCAGAUGUCUUUGAUCUUUUCCCCGGAACUUUCCAGACGGUGUCAUUGACCGCAAAGCAUGCUGGGACAUGGUUACUGCACUGUCAUGUUAGUGACCACAUUCAUGCUGGCAUGGAGACCACCUACACUAUACAUCCAAGAAAGACCACAUUGGCCCCUGGAACAGCGGCCACACCACCUAUCCCCUUUGUUGUCAUAGUUACCAUAGGGGCACUGGUCAUGAAAUUUGUCACUAUGUAGCAUGGAAGAGACCCAAUCGGCAGGGAUGGGAUGGGCAACUUCAGAUCUUGGCAUUGAGCAACACUGAUCAACAAUAAGAGUUCCUGAACACAACCCCUCAACCUGGCAUUAAUAGGAGUUCUUGAAUACAACCCACAACCUGGCAUUAAUAGGAGUUCCUGAACAAAUCCUGAACACGCUUAACACUCUGUGAUGAAAUAAAUUAUUUAUUGCCUCCA